AUGAGUCACUUUGGUACGGCAGAUAUUGUUUCCGGUUCAGAAACACCGCCUUAUUCUGGAGUAAGUUACCAGGACGCUCAGGAUGACAAUACCCAUCCACAUUCAUCAGACGCCGGCGCAGAAAAAUUCAGUGUAGGCAGCGGAGGCAAGCCCCAUACUGAAUCCUCGAGAAGCGAUGAUGAGGAUUCUCAAGCGAAAACAAAAAUGGUGGAUAAUAUUACUAUCUUGAAAUAUUUAUUGGAUUCUCUAUCUGGUAGAGACAAAUUAGCAAAAAUUAUCAAGUAUACUCUGGAUAUAUUGAAACUGUUUAUCGAAAAGUCGAAGAGAAAUUUAACUGUUUUGGAUCCUUCUGUAUUAGCCUACUAUACCAAGAUUUUGAAAAAUUUGACUUUAAAAGUCGCACUAAGGCAUCCAAUCACAGUGAUCAAAGUUCUUCUACUGUCUCUUCUGGGAAAUUUUGACAGGAAAAUUGAUUUUAUCAGUCAGCAAUUAAGUACUUUCAGAUACAUUUUAAGGUUUGGCGGCACACCCUUCAGAGUGUUCAGCCUCUUAGGGAAAUUUAAUAAGACUAGAAAAUGCAACUUUCAAAUUGACCAAAUUAAGAAAAUAUGGUUUAAUGAAGCUUCAUUAAGAGAAUUUUUGGAUUUAUAUUAUGGUAUCUUUGAUGAAUUGGACCUCCUGUACAAAUUGAAAAUAUGGACAAAUAAAUCGUUCUACUCCUUUGUCAGUAGACAAGAGUCUUUUGCAUGGCAGUACGACAUUCUUUUAAGCUUAAAGGACCAUUGGCUGAACCUACAAAGCCUACAGAAAAGGCAAUUAGAAUUGGAAGUGCAACUAAAAGUUCAAAACAACGCAUUACUACUAUCACCUAUACUGAUGCAUCAGGCCCAAAAUGACGAUGAUUCACAAUCGCCAAUUAGGAAGCAGUUGUUAUGUGACCUAAACGUAAAUAACAACGCAGAAAUGUUAAUACACAGGCAACUAAAGGCUAUCAAGGAUGAAAAGACCCUCGUUUAUUUAGACAUUGUAAGAUUAUCGUUUGACUGCAUGGCCAACACAUCCGACAUUCUAAAUUUAAAGACUCCAAAGGGAACGUAUGCCGUUUUGUCCCUGGGAUCAGGCUUAACUGGGCUGGUUAAACUUUGGAUAACAGCAAAGAGGUCACUUUGCUCUUCAAAAGAUUAG